CAUUUCCUUCUUUCAAAUUGAAAGCCGGUGUAACAUUUGUAAGUUACUUAUUAAAAAUGACGUUAUGUUGGUGUUUUUUAAAAUAGGUAUAUCUUAAACUUACUUACGUUGUUUUUAUCUAAGAAAGCUGUCAUACGUAAUGUUAGUUGACAAACAGCCCGACAUGUUGCUAACCAGGUUAGCUAGCCCUUUUUGUUUACAUCAGUGUUGGAAGGAGGCGUGUUUGAAUUGACAACUGCCAUCUGUUCUUUUUACGCAAGCCUUGUUUUUUUUCAUUUUUCUGGUUAAAUAUCACUUCUGAAGCACAUUUAUCUUGGAAGAUAAGCUGCAAACAUCUACCACGAUGACGGAAACUUUGUAAUAGACACCUGUCACAAGCUCUUCACCUUUAACAAGCAGGCUCCUCUGGCAGAAUGCAUGAUGACCAGGAUGGCAUUAGUCGGAUAGAAGAAGGGAUGAGUGAAUCCGGACUAGCGGGCCUGCUCACAGGCCUCUGCCACACAGACGAGGAGAAUCCUUUUCCUCUGUGGCAGAAUGGAAACGUCAGCCCCUGCUUCAACCAGCUCGUCCUGGGAGCUUUGCCUCAUGCUGGGAUGGCAGUUAUGUGUGCGUGCUAUCUUGGCAUGGCGAGGUGUGGGGCCGUCCAGUCAUCCCCUCCAUGUGGGUGGGUGUUGAGGGCGGUGUCAGCCCUACUUGCUGCGUUGCUCUACGCCGGAGACGUGGUCCUGGUGAGCGUCCUCCGGGAGGAGGACAUGUUCCUGGAUAUCCUGACGGAUAGCUGUGGACUUCUGGCCAUGCUGCUCCACUUCAGCGCCGCGUGCGUGCUCCUGAGAACUGCUUUCAGGAGGAAAAGAGGACCCCCCGUGCUGCCAGUCACAAUUCUCCUGCUGAUCCCCAACCAUGUCAUCACUUUGAUCACCUACAGCGAAAACAAGGAGUAUUUAACUCCUACUGAACCUCUUAAACUGGCAAGACUGGUCCUUGCUUCUGCCCGGAGCUUUCUUUUUGCGGUCUACCUCUUUGGAUUUGUUUUCCCCUUCGUCAGGGAUGAUGGAUACACCUUGUACAUUAAUGCCGUGGACGGAUCCCCGCUCAUUUCGGAGAGGCCCCCGCCAGACACAGGUGAGAUGGUGGCCGAGGACGGGAGCGGCUGCAUCUCCCGCCUCUUCUACCUGUGGCUGAAUCCUCUUCUCAGGCGGGGCGCGCGGGGAGAACUGGACGCCCCCGCUGACCUGUAUCACCUCCCCCAGAAGCUCCGGACGAGCGUGGUCCGCGGCUAUUUCCACCAGUGCUGGCAGUCCUGUCAAAAAGGGGCGGGGCGUAGGGAGACACCGGACCGGUGGCCCACACCUGUGGGCAGAAACCUGCUGAACGGCACCUGGAGCUCGCGGCACCGGGACGAGCCCGCGGAGUUGGAGGACGACGUGGGACUCCUGAGGGUGCUGCAUAAAGCUUUUGGUUUACGCUACUACCUGCUCGGCGUCCUGAAAGCGACGGUCAACCUGAGUUCCUUCGCGGGGCCCCUCCUCCUCAGCUCCCUGGUGAACUUCAUGGAGGAAAACGGGGCGCCAGUCAGCAGGGGGGUCUGGUGCGUGCUCGGGCUCUUCGCCACCACCCUUUUCAGCGCCGUCCUCCAAAACAUCUACGCCUUCGAGGUGUCCAAAGUGGCGCUGGCCGCGCGGGGCGCCCUGGUGUCCACCAUCUACGGCAAAGCCCUGCGGGUCAGCAGCUGCAGCCUGGCCGGCUCCUCCCUGGGGGAGGUGGUCAACCUGAUGAGCGCCGACGCCGACCGCGUGGUCAACUUCCUCAACAGCUUCCACGAGCUCUGGAGCCUUCCCUUCCGCUUCGCCGUCACCCUCUACCUGCUGUACCUGCAGGUGGGCGUGGCCUUCCUGGGGGGUCUCGGCGUGGCGCUGGUGCUGGUGCCGUUCAACAAGUUCCUAGCCUCCCGCAUCCUCAGCCACAACAAAGAAAUGCUUCAGUUCAAAGAUAGCCGCGUUAAGUUAAUGACGGAGAUCCUUUUCGGCAUCCGCGUCAUAAAGUUCUACAACUGGGAGGCUCAUUUCGCCCGGAUGGUUGCCGACUGCCGCAAACAGGAGCUGUCCCACCUCCGAGCCCUGAAGUACCUGGACGCCGUGUGCGUGUACACCUGGGCCGCCCUGCCCGUGGUCAUCUCCAUCCUGACUUUCGUCACCUACGUGCUGCUGGGACACCCGCUGACUGCAGCUAAGGUGUUCACCACUCUGGCCCUGGUGGGGAUGCUGAUAGCACCCCUCAAUGCUUUCCCCUGGGUGCUGAACGGCAUCCUGGAGGCCAAAGUGUCCCUGGAGCGAAUCCAGCGCCUGAUCAAACUGACCAACCAGGACCUGCAGGCUUACUAUGCCCUGAUGACUCCCGAAGACAGUCAGACGUCCAUCCUGUUGAACCAGGGGGCGUUUUCCUGGACGAGACCCCCGGGUAGCACAGACCCAGAGGCUGCUGAACCUGGAGCUGCCAAAGAAAGUCUGCACCUGCACGGUCUCACCCUCCACGUGGCUCAGGGCUCCCUGGUCGCCGUGGUGGGAAAGGUGGGCUGCGGAAAGAGCUCCUUGCUGGCUGCCCUCACCGGAGAACUCAGCAGGCUCAGCGGCGUUCUCUACGUCGCAAACCGAGAGGCCGGUUUCGGCCUGGCUUCCCAGGAGCCGUGGAUCCAGCACGCUUCAGUACGGGACAACAUCCUUUUCGGGAAAGACUACGACGCUGCCUUCUACCAGGCUGUGAUCGAGGCCUGUGCUCUAUCAGAGGACCUGAACGUUUUGCCAAACGGUGACAGGACGGAGGUGGGGGAAAAUGGAGUGACUCUGAGUGGAGGACAGAAAGCCCGGCUGGCUUUAGCCAGAGCUGUUUACAUGGACAAAGACAUCUACCUCCUGGAUGACCCACUGGCAGCAGUUGACACAGAUGUGGCCGAACACCUCAUGAAGAAAUGCAUCAUGGGGCUCCUGAGGGGAAAGACCAGAAUCCUCUGCACGCACCGCAUAGAGUUUGUGGACAAAGCGGACGUGAUGGUCCUCAUGGACAACGGAACAAUCAUUAAAACAGGGCCACCAGCAGAGAUCCUUCCUUUGGUACAGACUCUGCCACAAAUGGAGAGAAAUGACCACAUAGCAGAACAGGAUGAUAGCACAGAACAGGAUGGAGACAAACCCGAAUCUUCCUCUGACCUGUUCGUGGAUGAUGAUCCACAUUUGUUAGAGGGGGAACGGAAGCAAGUGGGAGGCCUGGCGUGGAGGGUCUACCAGACCUACUGGCGCGCCGUGGGCGGAGUGCUGGCCACCUCCAUCCUGUUGUCCCUACUCCUCAUGCAAGCCUCAAAGAACGCUUCGGACUGGUGGCUGUCCCACUGGAUAUCAGAACUGAGAAGCAACGGUUCCUCAACGACCAACGGCUCCUCCUCCACCCCCGUCGCGUCCCCUCACCUGCUGCUUUUCUCACCCGGUGGACUACUGUCACCUCUGCCCUCCGUGGAAGCUUUUGCGUCCAACAACACAAGUCUGGACGUCAGGUUCUAUCUGACAGUCUACGCUUCUAUCGCCGCGUCGAACACUGUGUUCACGGCCCUCCGAGCCUUCCUUUUCGCCUACGGAGUGGUCUGUGCUGCCUCCGCCAUCCACAACAGACUUCUGGACCGGGUCCUUAAGGCCACCGUGGCCUUCUUCGACACCACCCCGCUGGGCCGAAUCCUCAACCGCUUCUCCUCGGACUUGUACAGCGUGGACGACAGCCUGCCGUUCACCCUGAACAUCCUGCUGGCCAACGUCUUCGGGCUGCUGGGCAUGCUGGCGGUCAUCGGCUACAGCCUGCCCUGGGUGCUGGUGGCGCUGCUGCCCCUGGCUCUGCUCUACCACCGCACGCAGCACUUCUACCGGCACACCUCCCGGGAGCUCAAGCGCCUGUGCAGCCUCACCCUGUCGCCCAUGUACUCGCACUUCUCCGAGACGCUCACGGGGCUCGGGACUAUCCGGGCCAGCGGCAGUUCAGCCAGGUUUGAGGAGGAGAGCGCCAGGCGACUGGAGCAGAACCAACGCUGCCUGUUCCUCAGCACCGCCGCCAUGCAGUGGUUGGACAUCCGCCUGCAGCUGAUCGGGGUCGCCGUGGUGACGGGCCUCGGGGCGAUCGCCGUCCUCCAGCGCCAGUACGCCGCCGUUGAUCCCGGUCUGGUCGGCCUGUCCUUGUCCUACGCGCUGUCCAUCACAUCGCUGCUGUCCGGCCUCAUAUUCAGCUUCACGCAAACGGAAAUGCAGCUGGUCAGCGUGGAGCGGACAGAGGAGUACUCCACCGGCCUGCCAGUGGAGCCCCAGCAUCAGAACGCUCAGCUUCCCCCUGCCUGGCCCAGGCAGGGCUGUGUGGAGUUCCGGGACGUGGUCGUGGCCUACAGAGAGGGUCUUCCCAACGCUCUGGACGGAGUGACUCUGACGGUGCGACCGGGGGAGAAGAUCGGUAUAUUGGGACGCACAGGCUCGGGCAAAUCCACCAUGUUCCUGGCCCUGUUUCGUAUGGUGGAACUCAGUGAGGGGAGGAUUCUCCUGGACCAGUUAGACAUCAGCACCGUGGGGCUGGCUCAGCUCAGGUCAAGGUUGGCCAUAAUUCCUCAGGACCCGUUCCUGUUCAGCGGAACCGUCAGGAGGAAUCUGGACCCCUGCGGUCAGCACCUGGACCAGCAGCUCCUGGACGUCCUGGUCCAGUGCCACCUGAGCACGGUGGUCAGCAGGAUGGGCGGCCUGGACGCUGAGGUGGGAGAAAGGGGGAAGUGCUUCUCUGCAGGACAGAGACAGCUGCUGUGUCUGGCCAGAGCUCUGCUGACCGAGGCCAAGGUGCUUUGCAUUGACGAGGCCACAGCCAGCGUGGACCAGAAGACGGACGCCCUGCUGCAGCAGACCAUCAGACGAAGGUUCCAGGACAAGACCGUUCUGACCAUCGCCCACAGGGUCAACACCAUCAUGGACAGCGACCGGGUCCUGGUGAUGAACGCGGGGAAGGUGGUGGAGUUCGACACCCCCGCCGCUCUCUGCCAGACGGACAACUCGGCCUUCCAGAGGCUGAUCAGAGAGCCAGGAGACUGA